AUGAGUGACAAAGAAUCGGAUAGAGAACAGGAAACGCAAAACACAAAGGCCAAUAUCCUGGAUAAGUAUGCCAAUCGAAUAAAGACGGAUGAGUUUGUUUUCAAAAAAUCAAAAACGUCCAAGGACAAAUCUGACAGAGCCACCGUUGAGAAUGUGCUGGACCCAAGGACAAUUAAGUUUCUGGAGAAGUUGUACAGAAACGGGACUAUUACCAAGCUGAAUGGUUGUAUCAGUACAGGAAAAGAGGCAAACGUUUAUCAUGCGGUGAAUGAAACGAAUGGCAAACAAUAUGCAAUUAAAAUCUACAAGACCUCUGUUCUGAUUUUCAAGGAUAGAGAGAGAUAUGUCGAUGGUGAGUUCCGAUUUCGAAAUACAAAGAACCAACACAACCCCCGAAAGAUGAUCAAAAUUUGGGCCGAAAAGGAGUUUAGAAACUUGAAGCGUUUGCAUUCCUCAGGUUUGAUUCCAACUCCAGAACCUGUGGCUCUGAAGUCACAUGUGUUGUGUAUGGAAUUUCUGACAGAAAAUGAAGAGUCACCAUCUCCCAAACUUAAAGACUAUCAGUUCAAAGACACAGAAGAAGUAGGACGUUUCUACCAGCAAAUGCUUGUUUACAUGAGGAUUAUGUUCCAAAAAUGCCAUCUUAUUCAUGCAGAUCUGAGUGAAUACAACUCUAUUGUUCAUAAGGGUCAGUUGUACAUAUUUGACGUCUCACAAAGUGUUGAGCCAGAUCAUCCUAUGAGUUUGGAUUUCCUAAGAAUGGAUAUCAAGAAUGUCAACGAUUAUUUCCAGAGAAAAAUCCAGGUUUAUCCUGAGAGGCUAGUCUUCCAGUUUAUUGUCAACGGUUGGGAUGCAAUCAAGGAAAAAACUGACAAAAAUACAGUCUUGGAGGAAGAGAAUGAACAGACUUUAUUUCAAUAUCUUGAGUCUCUCCCCUUGAAGGGAGAAGAUGACUCUGAUGCUGGCUUUGAGGAUGACAUAUUCCGAUCUAUGCAUUUGGUGCGAUCAUUGAAUAACCUGGAGGAUAGAGAUUUCCAAGAGUUUGCGGAUGGUAAAAUCACAACUUUGAACGAACUAGUUCAAGAUAUUAACCUUGAAUCUGAUUCAGACUUGAGUUCUGACUCUGAAUCUGAGUCAGACUCCGAUCUUGAUGCCGAAUCUGAUUCGGCUUCCGACUCCGAAAAAUCCUGGGAAGAGAGGGAUACAUCUUUGAAAGGUAAAAGAUUCGAAGAUAAAGACGAAAAGAAAGCAAGAAAACAACAGGCAAAAGAGCUGAAACAGGACAAAAGAAAAACUAAAAUGAAGAAGCAUUUGAAAAAGAAACUAAUAAGAAAAACCAAGAAAUAA